CCAAUUUCUUAGUUGUUGUUUUAAAACGCAAAAGUGCGCAACGUUUUAGAGUUUUUCUCGACGGUGACGAUUGAUUUAUUUAUUUCAAGGUGAACUUCGUCCAAUUCUUUGGAACAACUUUAAAAGAUAUCAGGGUUUCAUUCGUUACGAUGAAACACCUUAUCCUUCUUGUUUUUGCGAUUUACGCCGUUCAGGCGACCCCAUCACAUUUAUUAGGAUCUAAACAAUGCACUUGGGGCCCAUCUUAUUGGUGUUCUAAUCUAACAGCUGCUUCAGGAUGUCACGCGGUGCCCCAUUGCAUUCAAACUGUAUGGCAACAUCAAACGGUUCAACAAGACAAAGAUUCGGUUUGUCAAAUUUGUUUGGAUAUGGUUAAACAGGCUCGAGAUCAAUUACUUAGCAAUGAAACUGAAGAAGAAAUUAAAGAAGUUUUUGAAGGAAGUUGCAAAUUAAUUCCGGUAAAAUUGAUUAAAAAGGAAUGUUGUGCAUUAGUUGAUGAUUUUAUACCAGAACUUGUUGAUACUUUGGCUUCGCAAAUGAACCCACAGGUGGUUUGUUCGGUUGCUGGGCUUUGUAAUAACGCGCGAUAUGAUAAAUUAAUCGAGGAUUACGAAAGUAGUUUAAAACGAAGCGUGAAAAAGAUUGAUCCUUGUGAUGGAUGUCAUACUGUUGUUGAUAUUAUGGAAAGGAAAUUUGAUAAAAUGAGUAAAGAUGAAGUGUUGCAAGCAUUUUUAAGGAUUUGUGGCCACAUGGGAAGUUUAUCAGAUGGUUGUAGCAACAUUGUUGUAACAUACUUCCAAGAAAUUUAUGAACAUCUUGAAAAUAAUUUAAACCCAACUGAUGUUUGUUUAUUAGCUGGAGAAUGUUCAGCUCAAUUUCAUCGCCACGUUGAAAUAACAACAACCUCAAACGUUGGUGUUGUUAAAUUUGGUGAAAAAGAUGACCUUCCUUGCGAACUUUGCCAACAAUUAGUAACCCAUUUACGCGAUUUAUUAGUUGCAAACACCACCGAAGAAGAAUUUAAACGCGUAUUAGUAGGUUUAUGUAAACAAACUGGACAGUUCACUGACGAAUGUUUAAACUUAGUUGACGAGUACUAUCCAAUUAUUUAUCAAACAUUAGUUGAGAAUCUAAAUGGCACCGCAGCUUGCGCUUUAAUUGGAAUUUGCCCAACAAAUUUGGACGAUUAUGAAGAUGUCCCAAUUAGACCUUUACUUCCAGUACAAUCAGCAAACAAAGCCAUCGCUUUAGCUGGUAAAAAAGUUGGAAAAGUUAACUUGGAAAAACCCGAAAUGAUGCAAUUACCAAUUGAAAGAGUUUUCCCACCUUUUGGAGCACCAAACGAGGUUUAUAAUCAACAAGCAUGCGUUUUUUGUGAAUAUCUAUUACAUUAUUUGCAAGAAGCCAUUACUGAACCAUCAUCUGAGAGUGAAAUAAAAAGAAUUGUUUCAAAAGUAUGUGAUAAACUACCAGCUUCUAUCAAUGCAACUUGUUUGGCUUUCGUGGAUACUUAUGGAGAUGCAAUUUGUUCAUUAUUAGCCCAAGAAUUUGACCCCUCAAUAAUUUGCCCAUUAAUUCGAGUUUGUCCCGCACCUCAAGAUGUAAAAGACGUCGAAACAUUCAAAGAAAUUGUCGGCGGGGAUCAACCCAAAUGUCCCAUGUGUUUAUUCGCAGUAACCAAAUUGGAAGAAAUGAUUAAAGACGAUAAAACGGAGGAAUCCAUAGAAAACGCUUUAAACAAACUUUGUAGCCAUUUUAAUGGAAAAAUUAAACUCGAGUGUCAAGAUUUUGUUACAACUUACAGCAGAACGUUGAUAAAUUUAUUAAUCGACGAUUUAAAACCACAAAAUAUUUGCGUCGCUCUAAAAUUAUGCAACGAAAAAGCUCCUGAUAAACCAAUAACCCCCAUACAUGUCGAAGAUGUUGAAAUACUAACCAACGAAAUUCCCGAUCAUACCAAAAACGGAGUUUCUUACGUUGAAGCGAAACAAGUUGAAAAUAAACCUCAAUGUGUUAUUUGCGAAUUUGCAAUGACCAAAUUGCAAAAUUUACUUCAAAAUAAAACGACAGAACAAGAAAUUGAAGAUGCCGUUUUGAAAUUAUGCGAUGAUUUACCAAAAUCCGUUCGUGGUGAAUGCAAAAAAUUUGUAAAUACUUACGCAGAUUUGGUUAUACAGUUAUUAAUUGGUACUUUAAAACCAGAUGAAAUUUGCGAAUAUAUUGGUCUUUGCGAUAAAAAUGGUCGAAACGUCGAAGUACAACCAAUAGAACCUAAACCAGAAGUUCAAAAUUUAAAAUCACCGCAAUGCGUUUUAUGCAAACUGUUAAUGACUCAAAUUGAGAAAUAUAUAAUUGGGCCAAUUACAAAGGAAGGAGUAGAAAAUGGACUUAGGAAAAUUUGCAAUACUUUACCUAGAUCGGAAAAGAAAUCAUGUUACGAUUUCGUUAAAAAGUAUGGUGAUAUAAUUGCUACACUGUUAAUUCAAGCUACCAAUCCGGCAGAAGUUUGUUCGUUAACAUUUUUAUGCGCCGAUAACGAUAAAGUUUUAACAGAAAUAAGAACUUGCGCAACGUGUGAAGCUCUCUAUAUAAAUGUAGUAAACGGGAUGUUAAACGGAAUGGAAAAAGUUGAGGACGCUUGUGAAUUACUUGAGGAUCCAUAUAAGCCCGAAUGUCUCCAAAUUGCAAAUAAACAUGCAGUUACGUUGGUGAGAAGUGCAUUUUAUCAAACGGACGUAACUUCCGUUUGUCACGGAUUAGAAUAUUGUAAAGGUCCCAGUAAUUUGGGACGUAUCCAAAGAGAGAUUCAACUCUAAAACUAAAAGCGUUUACGAGACUUAUUUUAGUUCCUAAUUAGAGUUGAAACCAAAGCGUUAAUCGAUUUUAAUGAUAUUUACUGUUGAAUUAAGCUAGAUUUAGAUUUUUGUAUACGAAAAUUUUGAUUUUUCACAAACAGUUUACGAGUGUGAUACCAUGAAAAUUAUAUAGACUUGCCAUAUUUUUGAUGUAAUUGAUGUAAACUGUAAUGAUUUGGAUUGUUUGUAACAGCUACUUUUGAGUUGAAUAAAAACGUAAUCAAUUA